AUGGACUACUCUGCACAAACCACGCCGCCCAUGGCCCAAUCACCGUUCUUCUACUACAAUCCCGAUCCGAGCCCAGAGACCCGACAGCACGGUCACUUCACACCGCACCCGCAUUCCCACGGUCUGCCGAUGCCUAUGCUUCCAUCCAGCCCCGAGCACAUGAUGGCAUACCACCAGCCAAUGUACCAGCGACCCCACUCGGCAGGUGCUCACAUGCAGUACCAGCAGCCACCGAUGCAAUACAUCGCCCACCCGAUGCUCACUCCAGCAGCAUCUCCGCGUGCCCAACACCACAAGCCAAGCAUCAUGAUGCACCAGGGCCCGCAUGGCCUGAUGCCGCUCAACACCGAGUGCCCAAACUACUUCCCAGCUACGCCAACACUCUCUGCCUCUGGCUCGUUCAGCUCGGUUGACAGCCCGCCUUCGACGGCAGACGUCGUCCCAACGCCGGUCAGUGGAAUGUUCUUCCCGAGGCCAAUGCCUGGUAUGUUCCAGGCAGUCAAGCAGGGAUGCGAGGAAGAUGUCUACUCGGAGGUUCUUGCGAACGGUGACUGGACACGACCAGGCUCGCCGCCGAUGACGCCAGUGUUCUUGCACCCAAACUCGAAUAUCUCCCACGAUCAUUCGUAUCACCUCGCCGCGGGCAUGGGUCAGACGAUCUCGCCUUCUCCAUCGCCAGUCCCACGGUCCGUCGCAUCCGAGCAGGAUGUUUGCGACCCGCGGAAUUUGACAGUCGGCAACCAAUCUGAUCUCCCAAUGCCCUCAUUCAACAACGAGCGGGAAGAGCAACACGCAAUAUUCAAGGCGGACUCGCACCCGGAGCAAGUGACGAUUGUGACGCCCGACGAGCUUUCGAACCUCGGCGGGCUGCCAAGCUUUGAGCCGAUCUUCGAACUUGACGAUGAGGAAUUCGGGGCUGUCAUUCCCUUCACUGGCGCUGUUGACACCGUGUAUUACCAUGGCAACAAGCGCCAGAAGCUGGACGAGCUAACUUCCAUCGGCCUGGUCGAGGACGACGGCUUCUUCAGCGAAUCAAGCUUCAGCGACGAGGACGAAUUUGGCUUCAAUAGCUUCUCCUCCCCCUCAGCUUCCGACAUGUCUCUCCCCGAUCUCGCCGAAGACGUGCCCAAGAAGCGCAAGACCAAGAGGGCGUUUGAGGCAUCCACUCACGCUACCCAGGCCGCCAAUGAGCAGGAGUCAUCCAACAACACCGAGGGCCCCCCGAGCUCCGCCUCCGAGCCCACCGAGUCUAACGCGACAACACCAGCGCAAUCUGGCAGCGUCUCUCGCCGUGGACGCAAGCAGUCCCUCACCGACGACCCGUCCAAGACUUUCGUCUGCACCCUCUGCAGUCGUCGCUUCCGCCGCCAGGAGCACCUCAAGCGCCACUACCGGUCACUGCACACCCACGACAAGCCCUUCGAGUGCACCGACUGCGGCAAGAAGUUCUCUCGCUCCGAUAACCUCAGCCAGCAUCAGCGCACCCAUGGCGCCGGCACGAUGGUCAUGGGCGUCCUCACCCAACCAACCGAGCACCAAAUGCACCAGCCUCCUAUCGAGUCGGUCAACGGUGGCGAAGCCGGCAGCUUGAUCAGGCCCAAGAGCGAACAGCAGCAGUUCCCGCCUCCACCACCCGCUCCUCAGCACCGUGUUAGCCCUGACGCCGGUGAGCUCGGCGCCAUGCUCUUCGACGUCACCGCUCAGGUCGGCAGCUCCAGCGGCAGCAGCGUCGCCUACUCGGACACAUCCAGCCAGAUGUCCGACCAGAGGCCGGCGCAGAAGAAGCGGAAGCGGGAAGCGUGA